CGAUUCUUCGACUGUGUUUAACCAUUUCAAGUUGUAGAGCCUCUGUAAAAAUGGCUCUCGUUAAAAAAUGUAUGACGUUAAGAACUAUAUUAUUAUCGAGAAAUAAUGUAAAAUUACAUAUAAAAGUUAACUAUAGCCAUGACACCAUAUCUCUACAAGUGGAGAGCCAAAAAAGAAGUACCAAAAACAUCGGAAGAAAUUGAGGCGGCAGCUAAAAAAUAUAACUUACAUCCACGAGAAUAUAAAACUUAUGAUGAGGAUGGAUUUGGAUUUGGUGAUUAUCCAAAACUUCCAUAUAUAGGUAAUGAAGCUAAAGAUCCUUAUUAUCCCUGGGAUUUUCCUGCAUUAAAGAGAAAUUUUAAUGAAGCGAUACAUAUUGAAGCAGAUCAAAUAGGAGAAGAUCGUUAUGCUGCUGGAGUUCGAACUCCAAUUUCAGGUGUAGGAACAGUCGCAAUGUUUCUUAGUGUGGUAACAGUUUUUGGAAGUCUUUAUUGGAUUUUUAGAUAUUAUCCUUGGUUCCAACCUGUUAUGCAAAAGCAAUACCCUAAACCUGGUGUAACACAUUAUACCUUCGAAUCACUACGUUAAUUAUAAAAUAUGAAAUGUUACAAUACUUUGUAGAUGUCAUAAAUGAUGUAUGUACAAAAAAUAUAUUUAUGAAAUUCAUCAUUUA